UCAACCAAUUCAGUAUACUCAAAUUUGCUGUAACAUUUAUCGCUUUCCAAAUUUGACUGGAACCACAGAAGUUUCUCAACAAUUGAAUCAAGCCUUGAUGCUCGUUCCUUUGCUUUGUUGAGCUUUAAGUUAUGUCUGCGUGACUGCUGUACUAUGUUUAAUGCUGUUCUACUGUUGGGGUGAAGCAGUUUCGUACUUCGUUUCGUUUUUACUUUCGGGUUUAAGGUUUGCUGUCGUCUGCUGUUUCUGCUCUGUGGUGGAUCUUGUAAAACAUCCAACAAUGACAGAAAAUAUUACUUGUUCUUUGGAGACUGGAAACCUAAUCAUUUGCAAUGGAGUGACUUAUAAACCUGAAGUAGUACUAACAUAUCAUGAUAAAUUGUUCUGGAUAUAUCUUGGCAUUUAUGUUGCGCUCGUUUUAAUAGCUGGAUUAAUGAGUGGUUUGACUAUGGGACUUUUAUCAUUAGAUUUAAUGAGUUUAACAGUCUUGUCUACUGAUGGAAAACCUAAUGAACAGAAACACGCAAAGCGAAUUUUACCUUUGGUUAAAAGACAUCACCUGCUGUUAGUUACGUUACUGCUUUCUAAUGCAGCAGCUGUGGAAAGUAUGCCACUCUUUCUUGACAAGAUUUCAAAUCCCAUAACUGCUAUUGUUGUAUCAGUCACCGCUGUUUUAAUAUUUGGAGAAGUUGUACCACAGGCUUUGUGCACCCGGUAUGGUCUUGCAAUUGGAUCUACCUUAUCUCCUCUUGUAUAUGCGCUGAUGUUUAUUACACUACCCAUCUCAUGGCCACUAGCCAAAAUUUUGGAUUGUGUUCUGGGCAAAGAACAUACCACCUUCUUUCGAAGAGCAGAGCUAAGUGCACUGGUUUCUUUGCACAGAACUGAGGGACAAGAAAAUGAAGAACCUUUAACUGCAGAUGAGGUCACUGUCAUCAAAGGUGCACUUGCUAUGAGAGAUAAACAAGUAAAGCAAGUGUGCACGCCAAUGGAAAGCGUGUUUUCUUUAGAUGUGAAUGGUGUAAUGGACCAAACCACCAUGAAUUUACUUUUGAGCAAAGGCCACUCCCGUGUACCAAUCUAUGAAGGCACCCCUGAUAAUUUAAUCGGUCUAAUCCUCGUCAAAAAUUUAAUUAAAAUUGAUCCUGAUGCCAAUUUACCAAUCAGGGAAGUGUUCGAAGAGCACAAGCGUCCUUUGCUGAAAGUUCCACACUCCACAGGCCUCUUUGAUGUUCUCAAUUUAUUCCAGCUUGGAAAAAGUCACAUGUUUAUUGUGGUGAGAGAAAACGAAAGCGGCAACACUGCUGUGGCUACUAAGCUUGAACCUGAGGACGAAGUAAUUGGUUUGAUUACCCUGGAAGAUGUGAUGGAGGAACUAAUACAAGAAGAAAUAGUUGAUGAGACUGAUGUGUAUGUUGAUGUGCAUAGAAAAAUUGAAGUUGCAAAAUCUCGACGUCAAUUGCUCUCCACUAGCUCCAAUAAGUUUGCGCGUCAAAACCCAAAGUCAAACAUCACUGAUGUUAAUGUGGAUUCUGCAGAUGAUACACAACCUUUGUUGAGAUAAAUUAUGUUUAUUUUUCCAAUAAUAUGCAGAUAAAAAAAUCCGAUAUUAAUAUAUAUAACAGCUAACAUGAUUGUAUUGUGCCCAUAUGUUUUUGUGUAAGAAACCAAUAACCAUGCACUGGAGGAUAAAAUCAUCUAGAAUUUUGGGUAUAUGGGGUCUGCAAUCAAAUAUCAUAAACUUAGUUUUAAAUUACCACUAAUUAAUAAUUAAUAUUUGUUAUUUAUAUAGAUAUAUUACAAAUUAGAACAAUGUUGUUUUCUUCCUUCAUUUCUGUUUAGUUUUAAAUUAAAUGUAGUGCAUGGUUAUUAUACACAGGGGUCUAAAUUCAUGGUGUAGAUUUUAUAGGUUCCAUGAAAACAGACUUUAUAUCAACUUUACAUUUCCAAAAAGAUUCACUGUACCACUGUUGCUAAGUUGGAUUUUUCUUGUUUGUUUUACUUUAUUCUUCACUAUCUUUGUUGUCAAAUUAAGUGAGGCUUAAAAUCAAAUGCAGCAACUUGUUGGCAAAUCAUGAACUUGAUUAUUAGUUCAUUAUAUUUUAUUUAACCUAGGUGACAAUAUGAAACUAAGACGUUUAAAUAAUUAACAAACAUGUAAAUUGAAACUGAUGCAAUAUUACCCAAUGAAUUCACUUUGUUCAACACUCCAAUGAAUAGAACAGAAUUACAUGAAGCUGCAUUGAAUGGUCGACUUCUACAGCUUCGUAAACUGAUUGAUCAGACAGAAAACGUGAAUCUAUUGGAUGAGAACAACCUCACACCUCUACAUGAAGCAUGCAUUAACGGGAAAUCUGCUUGUGUGAAACUUCUGUUAAGCGCCUUUGCAAACCCAAAUGUAGAGGAUGUUUGUGGAAGGACACCUCUGUAUUUUGCAUGUUGGAGAGGAUGUUACAAAUGUUGUGACCUGCUUUUACAAAAAGGUGCUACAGUAAACAAUGAAGCAUGUAUAUUGGCUGCUAUUAAAUGUGGAUCUAAACCUUGCAUUGAAUUGCUCAUUAAAUCAGGGACAAAGGUUACCACCUCAUGUUUGAAUGCAGCAUGUAGCACAGAUGUAAAGAUACUGAAAAUGUUAUUACUUGCAAGUGCAGAUUCUAUUGAAUUUGUAAGCAGUGCAUUACAACAUGCCAUACAUUUAAAGCAACCCUGCCAUGUCAGAUUGCUUUUAAAAUUUGGUGCCAAUCCAUUCAUUCAUUUAAAUGAAGAAACUGCAGUUGACAGGCAUGAGUGCAAUGCAAUCUUAAAUGCAGCCAAAGAUCACCCAUGCAACUUAAAAGAUCUCUGUCGGAUUUGGUUACUCUAUUACUUUCAUUUGCACAACAAGGAUGUCGACCAAAUGAUCAACCUACCUCUCCCGCAUGCUAUUAAACAAUAUGUCAUGUUUGUUGUUGAUGUUUAGUAUGCACAAGACAAGUUAUUGUUGAUUUAUCAGGAAGUGCCUAUUAUUUACAUAUCAUGAUUUACCAUUAAGGUAUUAACGGUAGUUACAGUAAUUAUAUUAUGUGCAAUGGAAAAAAGAUGUGCUUGUGUCACUAUAGGAAAUUUUAAACCUAAGCGCAAUUGCACUUCACUGCUGUUUAAAAUGUUAAUGAAGUAAUUUAGAUAUUACAUUAC